AUGGACGCGCCAGCUGAUUACGAUAUCAAAAACUACGAGAAACUCACAAGCAACUGGAGCAGUGAUCCCACAGCAUUUCUCAGCCUCUACUACUCAUUAUUCUACAAGCAAUCAGAAGAUUGCACCGUCUAUGUUCGUCAAGCACCCAGCAAAGUAUGUGUGCUGGGCAUGAGCACGUAUCCAUCUAAUCUGGCCCGUAUCAAGAUGCACACACAAUUAGUGGGCGAGAAGGUGAAAAAGGACACUAUACUGUGCGAUCUGCUAGAUGCGUCAGAUCAAACCAUUGGCCGUGUCAGAGCCGAGAUGGAGGGUAAAUUACUGGAGCUCAACAGUCGAUUUGCCGCUGAGAGUUUGGACACAUUACUGGGAGGGAAGCAUCACAUGGAUAUUGGCUUUAUUGCCAUCAUUCUACCCAAAAUAGAAGACACAGCUGUUCAAUUGAAAGAAUUCACGCCUGAAGAAGAGUACAACAAUCAGCAGCAACAACAACAAAUGUCCUAA